AUGAACUGUUUGGACGGAGUGAAUCGAACGGAGAUCCAAUCCGUCAAGGACUACUGGAAUCGGGAACUCGAUACUUUAUUGACGAUGUUUACCGUAAUCCACAAAUAUCUUUAUGUUCCACUUUGUCUCGUCGGAGUUUUCGCGAAUUUGGCUAUCGUAAUCGUCUUGUUGCGACCAGCGAUGCGCCGAAAUCCGUUCAAUCUUUUCCUGAUGGCGAUCGCGAUCUGUGAUGCAACUCUUAUGGCUACAUAUCUUGGAUAUAAACAUGUAGGCGAGUGUCAUCCGUGGUUUUUCUCGUACUAUUGGCUUCUUUACACGAAAUUUUACGCAAUGGUCUCCGUUUUUGUGCACGCGCUCAGCCUCUGGCUUACCGUCAACAUGGCUGUUUUAAGAUAUCUCGUGCUUUUCCGUGGUCAAUCUCCCCAAUCGAAUCUUCCCAAUUGCAACUCGUAUUCAUCGGCUUCAUUCGCGAUUAUUUGUGCGAUGAUCAUCGCCGUCAUCGGCUCAUUACCGAACAUGCUUAGAUAUCGGGUAGACGGCCCAGAAGUCCUUCCACUCCCAUCUGGUUUUCAAAAAGAAUGCAGUAAAGGAGGAUAUUCAACAUAUUGGUAUCCACUCAUUGAUGUCAAAGAGUUGAAAGGGUAUUCGCUCGAUAAACCGCUUUGGUGGAACUGUGAUUGGGAACGAGUGAAUUAUUGGCUAGCGUCGAUCGUUCUCAAGCUUAUCCCAUGCCUUUUACUCACCAUUUUUAUGACAUUAUUAGUGAGAAUGUUGAUGGAGGCACGAGAGAGGCGAUCAAGACUUUGCGGUGGAGCCACGUCUGGGAAUUCACAGGCUGAACGCACAACGACAAUGUUGACGGGAAUCGUUGCCGUUUUCCUUGUCACCGAGGCUCCACAGGGAUUGUUAGGGCUUGCUGCUGGUUUCAAUCCCCGUCUGCAGGGUCUUUCCGGGAUUUUGGGGAACACAUUCGAUUUACUUUCACUAAUCAAUUCUUCAGUGAAUUUUGUCCUCUACGCUUUGAUGAGCCACGUGUUCAGGAGGGAAUUCCUGUUGACAUUCGGUGCGUGUUGUCCGAAAUCGACCGAGCAAGACAGCGGCGUCGUGCUCACGAAAGCCACCGCCUUUACACCGGAAAGGCACAGGUUUUUCCGCCUUUUCGAUCGUCGUUCGACGGGUUUCACGGCCGUUCCCACAAAGCCCGACCUGCCAAUCUCAACGCCAAUCAACGAAUAU